GAGCUGGAAGAAUGGGACUAUAAAAUUCAUCGCGACCGUGUAGCUUCCUAGCUAACAAACGCGAACCCCAAGUGACUUGUGACUUAUAGAAUGUCAGCGUUGAAUUGUGCGUGAAGUUGCGUGAAGAUGGCUCCGCAUUUUUGAUUUGCAAUUUUGGCUCAACUUUUCAAGGGCCGAUCAGUGCAGAUCAGUGUAUAUAGGGCCCUUGUGGUAGGUGAGCGCCGCCAAAAAAGCGCGCUGCGGCGCAAAUCGGUCCGCCGUCCUUGAGACAUUAUUGGCCCAGCAGGCAGCAGGUGUAGAUACAGCUGCUGAAGCUGCUGGUGGCCUACUUGGUCGCAAAUUUGCUGACCAUGGAUGGCUCAGACGGAGGCUCGAUUGCAGGUGAUUCUGAAGAAUUUGAAUACGAGGAUCAAGAUGUGGAGCUUAAAUCAGGUGGUGAAGAAGAUGAAGACCAAAUGGUUAUUGAGCCGCCAGAAGUGCGGAAAGCUCCUUACACGAUUAUGAAUGCAGGAGAUCUGGCAAACCGUCAGAACAAAUGCAUUAGUGAGGCCUCUGACCUGCUCCAAGUGACGCACGAAGAGGGCUUUGUGUUGCUACGGCAGCACGGAUGGGACUUGCUUCGAUUACAGGAGGCAUGGUUUGACAAUGACCAGAAGGUGCGGAAUCGAUGCGGUCUCAGCACCGCAAAGUGCACGUCACCUGCUCCAUCUUCCAAUCUGGCAGGCCCCAAGGUAUGUUCGAUUUGCAUGUCCGCCAUCGAUGAUUUGGUGGCCUUGGACUGCAGUCAUGGCUUUUGUGAAGAGUGCUGGAGGGGCUAUCUACAUACACAGGUAGAUGAUGGCAAGUCGGCGGUGCAGACUCGCUGUCCUCAGCACAAGUGCCCCAUGGUAGUGCCGACUGCUUUCUUCUCUCGCUUUUGCGAUGUAGAGAGGCAGAAGAAGUAUCAGGACUGGUGCCUGCGGACCUAUGUGGAUGAAAAUGCGUCCGUAAAGUGGUGCCCUAAUCCAGUGGGUUGUCAGUUUGCCUGUGAAUAUCAGGGCGUCGAGAGUCUGGAAAUUCAUUGCCAGUGCACCUUUGUUUGGUGCUGGGCUUGCGGUGAAGAAGCUCACAUGCCCGCUAGUUGCAAAACUGUCAACCAGUGGAAUGUGAAGAAUAGCGCGGAAUCAGAGAACAUCAGCUGGAUCCGAGCUCACACAAAGAAGUGCCCCAAGUGUCACAAGCCAAUCGAAAAGAACCAGGGCUGCAACCACAUGGUUUGCUCAAAGGCCGGCGGUUGUGGUCACGAAUUCUGUUGGCUUUGCUUGGGUGAUUGGGCAUCACAUGGGACUUCAACUGGCGGGUAUUACCAGUGCAACAUUUACGACAAGCAGUCCAAGCAGGGCAAGCAUGCAGAAGAAGAAAGAAGUAGACAAGAAGCCAAGCAUGCGCUUGACAUUUACAUGUUUUACUUUGAGCGCUUCAUGGACCAUGACAAGGGCAUGAAGCUUACUGUGAUCCAAGAGCAGGACAUCGAGGGCAAGGUACAAAGACUCCACGACGAGCAUGGUUUUGCAAUUAUUGAGUUGCAGUUCCUCUAUGAUGCACUUCGGCAAGUCCGAGCAUGCCGGAGAGUCCUCAAGUGGACGUAUGUCUAUGGCUACUACCUUGAUGAUUCUAAUGAGAAGCCGCUCUUUGAAUACCUGCAGAAGAAUCUUGAAGAAAAGACGGAUUGCCUUCACGAGAUGUUGGAAAAGGACUUCGACAAGAUUUUUUUUGAUCAGGACAAUCAGUUAAGCAGCGGCUCUGAAGAAGCACAUCAGAAGUUCAUGACCUUCCGCAGUCAUGCGACGAACUUCACGAAUGUGACUCAGAAGUUUCUAACUCAGAUCCUAACCGAUCUGGGAUCUGACACUGGUUUGGGUCAACGAUUUUCUCAGAGCUCGACGUGACAGGCACUGCCAUCACCAGUUUCACUGAUGGCUUAUGAUUCGGCAAAGACCGUC